AUGAAACUUCAACUUUCAGAAACUCAACGUACUAGAUUAUUAGAACUUUACCAAAGUUUACAAUUAGAUUAUACUUCUAUUAAUAUACAAAUGACCUCUAUACAAAUUAUUGUACAAAAUAGUUCUCAACAAACCUCUUUAACAAUUCCUACUUACUAUCGACAAACACGAUCUCAAAACUUUAAUAGAUAUAUUGAAGAUGCAUACAAUGCUGAAGUUAACCUUGACCUUGAAUUAUAUGAUAAAAGAAAUAUUUUAUCUCUUGUAAGUGUUGUCAUUGAUACUAUAAAAACAAAUGGACAAUGA